GAUCGUGUGCAUCGUUAGGAAAGCAGACGUUUUUUUCUUUUACCGUUUACUGACGUUUUCAUCGUUGAGAGAAACAUUUUUAUUUUGCUUUUUCAUACAGUGCUUCGUGCUCUUUGGUUCGCCUUCGUCCCUCUCUCCUCCUCCACGCCACUUUCCUCGUUUAUUCGGUGCGACUUGUUUACCUCUCAGAGCAUUUUGCGCUGUUGCCGCUUCUUUUGUCUUUCCGCUUCCGUUCAUCCGGUUUGUGCAAAAAAAAAAAGAACUCCAACGAAAGGAUUUCUUACAGAAUGGCGGAGACUGCGAUUGCGUUUCGCUGCAACGACUUCGUGCUCGUGGCGGCGGCCGGCCUCAACGCCUUCUACUACAUCAAGAUCACAGACGAGGAAGACAAGAUUACGCAGCUAGACGACCACCAGCUGGUGGCGUGCAUCGGCGAGAACGGGCCGCGCGUGAACUUCACCGAGUACAUCAAGUGCAACCUGGCGCUCAACCGCAUGCGUCAGCACGGCCGCCACAGCAGCUGCGACUCCACCGCGAACUUCAUGCGCAACGCGCUUGCCGGUGCCAUUCGCUCGCGUGAAGGCGCCUACCAGGUGAACUGCCUCUUCGCCGGCUACGACGUGCCCGCGUCGGAGGACGACGAUGGUAGAACGGGACCGCAGCUGUACUACAUGGAUUACCUCGGCACGCUGCAGGCGGUGCCCUACGGCUGCCACGGCUACGGCGCCUCCUUUGUCACGGCGGUGCUAGACCGCCUGUGGCGGCCGGACCUGACGCAGCAGGAGGGAUUGGAGUUGAUGCAAAAGUGCUGCGAUGAGGUGAAGCGGCGUGUUGUCAUCAGCAACGCGCACUUCUUCGUGAAGGGCGUCACGAAGAAUGGCGUGGAGCUGAUCCCCAGCGUGCAUUGA